UUUCACUCUGUCUUAGACGUAAAUGUAUGACGUAACAGUCUGGCGCAGUUUGCGUAGUGGCCAUUUUGUUUUCAAUCGCACGGCUGAUUAAGGUGUCCAUCUGUCCAUUCAGCCUGGCGAGAGAGGCACUCAAGCGCAACAAUGGAUUCAAAACGGCACGAACGUGGCUCCAAAUCCAAUACAGACUCACCGCCUGCUCCGCCUUCGCCUCCUAUGUAUAGUGCAUCUUACACAACGUACGAUGGGUACAAAAACAGAAUGUCGUCGCGUCGUUCAUCCUCGCCAUCGGACUAUAGAAGCAGUAGAACUUCUCGAAACGAUUCGCCACAGGAAAGACGUAGAAGAAGACGCAGUGGAUCAAAAUCGCCCCCGAAUCGAUCGCACAAACGAUCUCGGUCGCCUGACAGAGACAAGGAUCGAGAUAGAGAUAGGGAUAGAGAUAGAUCGCGAAAAUAUUCUAGAAGAGAUAGAUCAAGAUCCAGAUCAAGAGGAAGAUCACGUUCCAGAGACCGAAGGCGUAGCCGUAGCCGCAACAGAAGUAGAGACAGACAUAGAGGCAGAGAAAGCCGUAGGUAUCAUAGAGCGCCAUCGUACGAAUCGGAUAACGCGGAAGAUAACACAGAAGCAACAUUACCACAACCGGUCGUUCCUCCGCAAUCUAAUGCUUUUAAGAAUGAUGGUAGUUUUAUGGAAAUGUUUAAAAAGAUGCAAGAACAAAUGCAACCCGCGCAAAAACCGACGACUUCUGUUUUGGAAGAGAAAAGCGUAGUUCCCCCACCAUUGAUGGUGGGAAAAAGGCGAGGAGGGAGGAUUUUAAAAACUGGAAUGGUUGCUAAGCCAAAGACUGAACAAACUGUUGAACAGCCCAAGGAUGCGUGGUCGCUUUACAUGGCCGAAGUAAAAAAAUAUAGAGAAGUUUGUUGCCAAGAAGAAGACAACACUAGACCCCUGGUCAAAUAACUGAUUUCAGUUUUUGUUUCUCACUUUGUUAUUUUAUUUCAACUACAAUGAUCGUAUUUUUUUUAAAAUACUACUCUUUAAUGAAUUCACAAUUACACUUAAGCAAAAACAGAACAGCUAUCGAUCAAGUUUAAAGAAUUUUGCUCGUACUUAAAUUAUUCUGAAUUUUAACGUGCUUCGGAGUAACGUGUUUUGUUAUUUGAACAAAUAUGCUAUCCAAAAAAAGGUAUAUACAGAAUGAAUUCUUUUUCCUUUACCAUUACAAUAUAGAAUGUACAAACGUGUUAAUCAGAAAUUACGGAUGCAUAGUAUCAGAUUAUUAACUACUUUAACUUGAAGAAUGUUGUUAAGUAAUAAGAGGAUGGAAAAUAACUGUAGUGGAGAAAUAACUUAUUUGUGAUAGUGUUAAGUGAUGCAAGAGACAAACGGACUAGAGCGAGAGACAUGCAUAUAGAGAGUUUGCCUUUAAGGAGAAAGGGAGGGUGACAUAUGUAGGUCAUUCGAUAAAUAUAAUAGAUUAAGUAACUUGUAACUUGUUAAGCA